UCCGUUAUCAUGUUCAGCAGAAGCGUCCUUCGCCAGGCCACCCGAAUGGUGGCCCCUGUCCGCCCUCUUGCCAUAUCGGCCAGGAACAUGUCUGUCACACCUUUCAUGCGUGAGGAGGAAAAGGCCCAUCCAGAGGAGAAGGGUGAGCACGUUGGCUCCUUCUCCAGAACCGACGACUCGAUCGAGAUCCCAUUUGAUGAGAAGGCUGUGCCCAAGCAAGAACCCGUCCAAGGCCGUGGAGGCUUCCACUUCCAAAGAACGCUUGCUUCUUUCUCGCUCGAAGGCAAGACUGCUCUGGUCACUGGCGGUGCAAGAGGUCUUGGUCUGGUCAUGGCUCAGGCACUGGUCGUCUCUGGAGCAGAUGUCGCCCUCGUCGAUCUCAACACCGAGAAGCAGGCAAAGGAACUGGUCAAAGUCUUCAAGGACGAGAACCCUGGCGCCGACAGAGUCCCCAAGCACUCUGUCGAGAGCGUCCUCUCCGAUGUCAUCAACCAGCACGGCAAGAUCGACAAUCUUGUGACUUCAGCAGGCUUCACCGAGAACUUCGACGCCAUUAAGUAUCCCAUCGACCGCGUGAGAAAGCUCUGGGGUGUCAAUGUCGACGGCACCUACCUCUUCGCUACUGGUGUUGCUCGUCACCUCAUGGAGCGCAAGGCCCCUGGUAGCAUCGUUUUCAUCGGAAGCAUGAGUGGCGCCAUCGUCAACGUUCCCCAACCUCAGGCUCCUUACAACGCUUCCAAGGCCGCUGUCCGUCAUCUCGGCCGCUCGCUGGCUGUCGAGUGGGCUCACGCCAACAUCAGAGUUAACGUCAUUGAGCCUGGUUACAUGCUCACUGCUUUGACCGAGAAGAUCUUGAACGAAAACCCCGAACUUGGCAACAAGUGGACCAGUCUGAUUCCUCAGGGCAAGAUGGGCCGUCCCGUAAGUCUUUCCUCCACACUGNUCGAUUUGAUGGGCCCCGUCGUUUUCCUCUGCAGCGACGCCUCCAACUAUGUCACCGGUGCCGACCUGCGCGUCGAUGGUGGUUACACUUGCACUUAA